CGCGUCGCGUGCCCUCGGAUUCUCUACACCACCACCACCACCACCACUUGGUUGUCAAGCCGCAGCGACCGACCGACACCAACGGCAAAGUACCUGUUACCUGUCGGGGCAUGUUGUCAACGUCGACUUCCGGUUGUUUUAAUCUCGUAAUGGAGAGUCACCGUUAACUAUUCAAAACCGAGUCGGUGGUACAGCCGUAACAGCCACAGCAACACGAUGCACAUAAGCGAAUGAAAGAUCUUUCGCUGGGUCUCUUCGUUCGCCGUGUGCUGCACUGAAAAGGCGAAACGCCGUCGAUAAUGCAAAAGCCAGUGCAUCCAUAAACUUGUAAAGUAAUUAUGUUUGUGGCGAAUCAUUCUCUAUAUCGGUAAAGCUUAAUUGGUGCCGGUAAGAAAAAUGGCGGAUCACGAUCGCUUUGACGAUGAGGAGCUGGUCUCGAGCAACACGAAUCAAAGGAACUGGCGGGGCAUUCUGAUUGCGCUCCUGGUGAUUGUGGUCGUGCUGGCGCUCAUUGUAACAUCGGUGGUGCUCCUGACGCCGCCGGACGAAGGACCAAGGGUGAAGGGUGCGCGAUUCAAGCUCGCGGAUAUACUCAGCCAUGAUUUUCAGCCGCUGAGAUUUAAUGGGACAUGGGUCUCAGACGAGGAGCUCGUGUUCAAGGAUCAAUGGGGCGGUAUCAGCAUUUUGCAUGCAUCAAAUUUAUCCGUCAGGACUCUAAUGUCUAACCAAACAUACCUACGCCUGAAUCCGGCAAGAUUCCAAUUAUCGCCCGACCAAAGGUAUUUGUUGUUGGCCCAGAACGUACAGAAACUGUUUCGGCACUCGUAUCUUGCUCAAUACACGAUAUACGAUAUACAAACCGGGAACGAUUUUCCGCUGCGUCCGUUGCCCGAAAGCGACGACCAUCCGUAUCUACUGUUGGCGCAGUGGGCGCCCAAGGGCCACGGCUUGAUUAUGGUCCAGGACUACGACAUAUACUACAGGAAGACGCCGAAUUCCCACACGGGCUACAGGAUAACGUACACGGCGGUGCCGGGCGUCGUGAGCCACGGCGUCCCCGACUGGCUCUACGAAGAGGAAAUCCUCGCAUCGAAUACGGCCCUGUGGAUGUCGCGGGACGGCUUGCUGUUGAUUUUCGCAUCGUUUAACGACAGUUUGGUGGAGGAACUGCGAUUUCCCUGGUACGGAUCGGCGAACGAUGGCCGACUUUAUCCCGAUAUACGUUCGCUGCGUUAUCCGAAACCCGGAACCAGAAAUCCACAGGUUACGCUCACGAUCGCCGACCUCGCAGACACAUCGAACAUCAAGAUGAAACCCGUCAUCCCUCCAGCUGUGCUGCAAAACACGGACUAUUAUUUCACCGCAGUCUCGUGGAUUAGUCUGACUGAAAUAUCCGUAGUGUGGCUCAACCGACCGCAAAAUUUAUCCGUGGUUACGAUAUGUACCAGCCCGAAAUGGGAUUGCAGGGAGACCCAAAGAAUAAGCAGCGAUGGGCAGGGUUGGGUGGACAUGGGCGAUAGUCCGGUGUUUGGAACGGACAGCAGCAACUACAUCACCAUUGAACCGGUGAGGGACGGUCCUGCGGGCAACUUUCGACACGCCGUCUCCGUCAACAUACCCAAGAGACGGAUCAUUCCGCUGACUCACGGCAGAUACGAGGUCACCAGGAUACUCACGUGGGAUCACUCCAACGAUGUCAUUUACUUUCUGGGAAUUCCCGAGGGCAAACCUGGACAACAGCAUCUGUAUCGGGUUACUUCUGUGCCGCCUCGAACAGGUGCAAUCCUCCCUCCUCCAGUUUGUCUUACUUGCGUUCCCGACCCCGUACCAACAACUCCACCCUACCUUAACCUGGACGACAACAUGUAUAUUGUGAAGACGAGGGAGGUUUGGGAGGAUGACGACGAGGACGCCGUCAUGACUACACCUCCGCCACGCAGGAAAAAAUCAAAGAAGGUCAAAACUCCGCCCUCAGAGCCGCCCUGUCUUUAUCAUAAUGUUAUAUUUAGUCCCAACUCGGGGUACUACGUUUUGGAAUGUCUGGGUCCAGGAAUUCCGACAAGCCACCUAUACAAAACAAUGAUGCCGAAACCGAAACUGCUAUUGCACCUGCAAAACAACACGAAACUGCGGGAAAGGGUGGCGAAAAUGGCAAUGCCACAAAUUAAAACAUUUCCCGUUCAAAUAUCCGGGGGAUAUCAGGCUCACGUGCGUCUCCAUUUGCCUCCGGGUCUCCGAGAAGAUGAAAUAACGAGAUAUCCGCUUGUGGUUCAGGUGUACGGCGGACCAGGCAGUCAGUUGGUUACCGAAAGAUGGAGGGUAGAUUGGAACACAUAUCUGACCGGCAACAAGGACUUCAUAAUCGCCCAGAUCGACGGCAGAGGAUCUGGCGGUCAAGGCCACCAGCUACUGCACAAGGUCUAUUACAAAUUAGGAUCCGUCGAAGUGGCGGAUCAGCUGGAAGUUACCGAGUAUUUGAGGGACACUCAGCAUUUCAUCGACAAAAGGCGCGUGGCGGUGUGGGGUUGGAGCUACGGAGGAUUUGUUGCAGCAUUAGCUCUUGCCAGUCCCAAAAGUGUUUUUCAAUGUGCCAUUGCCGUUGCCCCCGUGACCAACUGGAAACUCUACGAUUCGGCAUACACGGAAAGAUAUAUGGGUCUGCCGAAUGUGACGGAUAAUUACAAAGGUUAUGACGAGGCGGACGUCAGUAAAAAGGCCCACCAGCUCAAAGACAAAAUGUUUUAUUUGGUGCACGGAUCGGCCGAUGACAACGUACAUCUGCAACAGACCAUGGCCCUCGUAAAAUCGCUGAGCGAGGCGGGAACACUAUUUCGACAACAGAUUUACCCGGACGAAAAUCAUGGUUUGGGCGGUGUCAAGAAGCACUUGUACAAAAGCAUGGCUCAAUUUUUCGAUGACUGUUUCAGGAAGCAAAUUCCGCCGGAUUUCAAAGCCGGGCUGAGAAAUGACGCUGACGAAACCGAGUAGUAUACCAUUGACGAUUUCCUGUAAAAAUCGGCUAACAAUAUUGUGAUUAACUAUAUUUGCCAAAAGAGACAAUUUGAAAUUUUAACCACCUGUGAAUUAAGUGCGAUGUACUAUAAGUUCGAGGUACCUACGACGUUCGUCGUAGGCCCGGUUUCUGGUAUCACUAUAAUAUUGUCAAAUGGUUAAUUUUAUCUGAAAUAGCAAUAAUACGUGUAUAUUACUAGAUAAAAGUUCAGGAGCUAUUUGCCGUAAAUUCUAAAAUGUACAGACCUUAAUCAAGCCUUAAUCAUCUUUAUCUUCCUUAAAAUCCUGCAAUUUGAAAACACCAAUUCACAAAUAACCAAACCAAAUUUUAAACAAUAACAGUUCAUUGAUUUUUGCAAUAAUUACAGAAUAGAGUGACCUUUUGUUGACCUGGUUAAAAGUUGCAUCGAAUAAAUUUGUUUUUGUUGUAGAUUUUGUGAUAUAUCCUAACACAGCAGCAGCUGUUGAGACAUCCUCGCGAUGUCAGUGAUGUAAGUGCCAAAUUUAAGAGUUUAUAAUUGGUGUUUUGUGUGUUUAUGUGUUUAAUGUUCGUUAUUUAAUUUCAUUAAUGAUUGAUAAAUGGCAUUUUAUAACUCCUACACAAGCGACAUUGUUAUGAGAAUAUUUCCUGAUUUGAUAAUAUUGCAGGAGGCGGCAAUUGAAGACUCCAUGUUUGUUCAUGUGAAUAUUUCCAAAUUGGGUAAUGACGCUUCUCUUGAAGCUUUAAAAAAUUAAAUUAUUAAAUUCGUUUUAUUAAAUUUUAUUAAAAUAGGCUAGCUACAGAGCACCUUAGACUAGAUAAGCAGGAAUUUUGUUCGUACUACUAAAGUGAUCUACUUGUUCUAAGUGAAUUGAUUUUUAAUGUUCGUUAGUGUUCUUAUAAAACCUGGAAUGGUUUCUGUAAUAGUUGGUACUCAGGUAAAAUCAUUGCUGAAUAUCAGUAGCUUAAAUUUAGCUUAAUAGCCACAGUACAAUCAGUAUUAGUAUGUUGAUUAUUGUUUCAAAAUGUUCUUAUUACCUUUUAACAUAUCUAAGUUGAUUCGACGUGUAUUGUUCAAAUUGUAAAAUGUUCUAAAAACUAGUCAAUGACCUUUGUACUUAUUGUGAAUAAUAGGUUAGAUUUUAAAAUGACCAAAGAUAUAGUGUUAGAGUAGGAGUGACAAUUGAAUUUUAAACUAAUAUUUAGACUUAUUAUAGAUCAAUUUGAAACCGAUCAAAUUUACUCAAUAUUUGGUUAGUUUCAAAUUUUUAAUUUAACAUUCAUCCACGCUUCCCUCUCAUUGCAAAAUAUUGUAUAUAAUAUAUAAAAAAUUUUAAAAUCAACUUUUUUCUUUGUAGUUGUACAGAUACGGGUCCAAUAACUUCUAUUUUUCAAUACUGUUCUGUUUAGAAGCACACUGUGACUUAAUAUGCACAAUAGUGAUAAGAUACUAAAUUUAAACAAAAUGGCCUACUUUCUAGCAAUAAAUAAUUGCACCUUAAUACUAUUUCACAAUACAAUUUUCGAUCACAUUCAGAGUUUUGUUUAAAAUUUACUAUUUACUAAUAAUUAUCAACAGCAAAUUGUGUGUUUUAAGUAUGUAAAUUCAAAAAUAGUGAAAGUUUCUUCCUACGUAGAUAUUUUAUAUAUACUAAAAAACUCACUUACGUGCAGUUUACAAAUCUUUUAUAAAUGUUACGUUUUUCUAUCAUGGAAAGAUAUUUGGCAUAGUUCGAUUUAUGUUUUGUAUGUAUUGUACCUGAAAUGUUUCUUAAUUUGUUUUUACUUUAGUUGCUUUGACUUUGUAAAUUAAAUUAUCUUAUUUGUAUAUAAAAAUCGGUACCUGUUACCAUUAAAAAGUACUAUAAAUAACGCAGAGACAUUUAAAUAUUUUUCUUUCUAAGAGUAUCUCUAUUAUUCUAAAUAAAAAUAAAAAGUUAAUAUAAUAAAGAAAUUUGAAUUUACUUUUGUAUACAGAACUAUUACCUACCAUUAUCGUGAUACAUUCCAAUUACUGUACAUAUAUUCUACAUCCCUUUAUUCAUCAUGUUAAAAAAUAGUAGGUAGAAAUUACAAAUUUACUAGGUUAUUAAAUAAA